AAUUUAACUAAUGUUCAACUCGCGAAUGACCACAGCCGUUUCCAGUGACAGCCCACCAUCACCGAAAGAGCAAGCGGUGGAAAGAACGAAAACGGUGGUUCUUGUCAAUUCUUGUCAAGGGUAGUUCCGUCAAAUUCACUUAAUUCUCAAGGAUUCCUCUUUUUAGUCAAAAGGUCAAACCCCCAGUAACAAUUUCUGCUCGCGACAAUUAGCAAAGUUUCCCAGUUUUCCGUCACCUGAGAAAGCAAUAGUUGGCUCACACGCCCUAUCACCGACGUUACUUUCAUGGGUUUUUCAUGAAAUCUCCAGUCACCUGAAAGAGCCGGCACGACGCACCAGCAAGAACCAGACUUCUUUCACUGUCCAUGUUUCAAUAAAAGAAAAGCCUUUUGCUGCUUCUUCUUUUGCAUGUUUAUUCUUUAGUCAUGGGAGCUCUUGGCCCUGUCUCUCCUUGGAUGCCAGGGGAUGACGUUUUGUUGAGAAAUUCUAUCGAGGCUGGUGCUUCCUUGGAAUCGCUGGCAAAAGGUGCGGUGCAAUUUUCUCGAAAAUUCACUGUUCGAGAAAUACAAGAUCGUUGGUAUUCUCUCCUUUAUGAUCCAGUUGUUUCUGCUGAGGCUGCUUUUCACAUGACUGAGUUUGAGCGUUCUACAUCAACUCUUCCGUCAAAAUACAGCAGAGCUGGAAAUUCAAAAGAAAAUAAAUAUUUUUCAGGGAAGAGGAAAACUGAAAGUGUUCAUAGUUGUUACUAUGCUCUGCGUAAAAGAAUUUGCAGUGAACCAUUUAACUCCAUGGAUUUGAGUUUUCUUGUUGGCCCUAAUAAUAGCAAUUAUGCUGGCAAUGAAUAUGAGCAGUUAUCCGGACAAUGCACGCUUGGAGAUCCAGUUACAAAUUACUUUGUUCAUCAGGAAUCUAAUUUAGACAUCAUGCAUCAUGCUUUUCCAGAAAUUAUGGAUGGUGAUCCUGCCCAUGCCUUUGAUACUCAAUUCCAGAAUACAUUUCAAGAAGACUAUCCAAUGGAGCAAGACAAUAUACAUGAACACAUUCCCCGUAUACUUGGAGAGGAUCUGUCUAACACUGAAAGCAGAACCGUGGUUAGGGAAUUCAGUCAACAAUUGCCAGUGAAUGAUGAUCUAGUACAUGGGUGCUCCAACUUUGAUGGAAAGGAAGUCCUUCAGUCACCAGUUCCAGAUCGUGGCUCGUCAUUUCAAAAUUUGGAGUACCCAUCUCCACUUCAUGAGAUGCCAAUGUGGAGAAUGGAUGAAGUGAUUUCAGCGCCUUAUAUUCCAAAUAAUCUUAGAUUAUGUGAUAAAGAUCUGCACCCGGGAGAUACCUUUUCACUUCUUGAUGAUGGUGAUAUUAAGAAUAGAUGUUUGACAGAAUAUGAUGAUCUCCAUGAAGACUCAAAGUUACAAAUGGAAAUGCUGACUGAUGUGCCACAAAAUUCUUCUCACAGUACAGAAGAUUUUCUGGCUGAACUUACCAAUUAUUUGUCUAAUGAUGAGGAAGGGUCAGGUGUGGAUGUUGAUGGAAAAGAUUUCAGCACUGAUCCUUACAUUGCUUGUCUCAAUACAAUUUUAUUGAGCUCACCUAAUAGUGAAAAUGAAAAGCACAUGCCCAGUGUAACUGAACCAGAAUCAUCAAUAUCAGCAGACUGUCUAAAAAAUCACUCUGGUGUGUGUCCUGGAAACUUAUGGGAGGAUAGAGGGUCUCACUACAGUGUUGAUGUAGUUUGUAAUUCUGAGAUGCAGUUUGUUUCAUCUACAUCAGUUCUAGACCCUCAUCCUGAGGUGAAAGAUGGGGUUAUUUGCUGUGUGCUAAACUCCGAGGACACAGAGAUCCCAUGCAAUGGUGAUAUACUCUUCCCCACUGAGUGGCACCCAAGUUCAGCUGCCUCCUUAGCAUCAAGAAGUUCUCAAGAUGCUGGCAAACCAAAUUCUUUAUUUGUUAAGGAAUUAAUAAGUAAUAAAAAAAGUGGAGUUCCAGUAGUGGUGCAUAGGGAUCUAGAUAAUCCUAGACAACCACGCGCAUCUUCUCAGAUGACCAGAUUACAGGUGAUGCCAGAGCGUGGUCUACUCCAUCCUGCAGGUGAUCAUGUUUUGAAAUUUGAGUUGCCCAGCAGUGAAGCCACUCACAGGGGUGGUGCUGGUUUUUCUUCUGGUGGUUCAACUCAAUUUAAUUCAGCAGACACUGAGAUGGAAACUCUUGUUACUGCUAAAGUGAAGGAAGAAACUACAGAUACCCCACUGGUGAAGCAUAUGAGUCAUGAUCCAGCAGAUUCUUUAACAGAGAAACUGGAUUUCGUUUCUGAUUGCUUUACAUAUCCCCAGACAAAUGUGUCUGCUGUUAAACAGGCAGAAGAUGCUCCAGCUGGAGUUCAAAAUCAUCAAGCAUCACAUAUGAAAGUGGGCUCUUCAGAUAUUGCUGCUUCAGAACUAGUGGAAAACCAUUCAAUAUCAGAUCCAGCUGAGCCACCUAUCCAGAGUGAUGAUGAUGUACCGUAUUUUUCAGACAUUGAAGCAAUGAUACUUGAUAUGGACUUAGAUCCACAGGACCAGGAUUUGUAUUGCAGUGAGGAAGUCUCAAGAUAUCAGCAUGAGGACAUGAAGAGAGCAAUCAUAAGGCUGGAGCAGGGUGCUCGUUCGUAUAUGCAAAGAUCCAUUGCAUCUCAUGGAGCAUUUGCAGUUAUGUAUGGUCGCCAUUCAAAACAUUAUAUUAAGAAGCCUGAGGUAUUACUUGGUAGAGCAACAGAAGAUGUUACUGUCGACAUUGACUUGGGAAGGGAAGGCCGAGCUAAUAAAAUAUCUCGACGGCAGGCCACUAUAUAUUUGGACAAAAGUGGAUCUUUUUAUCUGAAAAACCUUGGCAAGUGCUCUCUCUCAGUGAAUGACAAGGAAAUAGCCCCUGGACGGAGUCUAAGCCUUUCUUCUGGUUGUUUGAUUGAGAUUAGGGGAAUGCCUUUCAUAUUUGAGAUAAACCAAACGUGUGUGAAGCAAUAUCUAGCCCAGAAGAACCAAACCCAGGAGCACCUGGUUUGAAUCGCACCAUGAAUCAGAGCGUAUUCAGAAGGUGCUAAUUUUUUUCCUUGUGCUUUCUGGGUUCUUUCUGUAAUCUAUGUUCAGUCUGUUGUAUGUAGAUCCGCUGCCUUCGAAAGAGGGAGUAAUGUUCUCUCAUGGUAGAGAGGUAUAUUCCACACGGUGUUUCCCAUGCUAUGCUGCCUCGGGUUGGAUUGAUUUUUUUUUUUAUUGUAAUAAAAUAUUUAAAUAAUGUUAAUGUGUUUUUUAGCAUAAAAUAUUUUUUAAAUAAUAUGAGAAUUGAUUUGAUAUGA